AUGCCCUCCAUUCUUGUCGCAGGAGCCACCGGCAACACCGGCCAAGGCGUCGUCCGAACCCUAUCCAACCUGCUAUCCACAAGCAACGCCCUCCCCAACCACCAAAUCCUCGCCCUCACGCGCUCCAUCCGAAGCCCAGCCGCGCAACAACUCACCAAAAUCCCCGGCGUACAAGUCCUCGAGCAAAACUGGGUCGAAAUCAGCGCCGACUGGCUCAGAGAACACUCUGUCGUCAGGGCAUUCAUCGCAUCCCAUCUCAACCCGAACCAAUUCGCCGAAGAGUCUACCUUCCACGUCGCGGCCCUGCAAGCCGGCGUGCAAUACGUCGUCCGCAUCUCGACUAACGCGCCGAAUGUCCGCCCUGAUUGUCCCGCUUACUAUGCGCGCUCGCACUGGGCUAUUGAGACUAUGCUUGCUUCGCCGGGGUUUGGUACGAUGCAGUGGACCUCCCUGCAGCCUAAUAUAUUCGCUCCGUUCGGUCUAUUUUCUACGGCCCGGUUUGUGAAGGAGUACCAAGCGACUGGGGUGCAGGGGACCCUGAGACUACCGGUGUCGGAGGACGCACCUGUUGCGAUGGUCGACCCUGAAGAGAUUGGGGUUUUUGCGGCCCAUCUUCUGGCAUUGCCUGAUCCUGCUGUGCAUAAUAAGGCUCGGUAUGUUGUGAAUGGGCCUGUGGAUACUAAUGGGAAGGAGAUUAUGGCGAUGCUUGAGGGGUAUAUCGGUGAGAAGGUGGAGAAUGUCAAUUAUGAAGACUUGUCGGAUAUUUUCUCUUCGCCUCUAGUCGCGGAGUUGGAGAGGAAUAGCUCGCCCAACGUUAUCAGAUCCAUCGAAGCCGCUCCUAUUCCAAUGUGGGCGGGAGAGUGCUCGGUUUCUACAACUAGCAAGCCGGUACUGGACCUUGCUGCACCUAGGCGCACCCCUGAGCAGGUGUUGCGAAGCCUCUUGGAGGUUUAG